AUGAAACGCAAGCAACCAGAUUCGGACGAACCGCGUCCUGUCUCGACGCCCAAGAGGCCGAGGACCACAAAUACAACUACCAAUGGCUCCGUGAACGGGCAGGUAGACCGGGAGAAAACUCCUGAAGGGACCCCGGCGAAGAAACUCAAGUCGACCCCGAAGAAGCCCACCGCGGAAACCCCAGCUGCCCUCAAAGCCUCGGGGUUGAAAACUCCUACGCACAAGAACAAGGCGAAGGCCCUAUUCUCGACGCCUACGAAGCAAACCGCUGCGCCUGCGACCCCGUCCAAAGCUCGAAACGCCGACCGGUCCGCAAAAAAGAAGAGCGCUCGCCUGCUGCUGGAACAAGACGAGGAUGAGAUCUGGGAUGGAGGCGAUCGUCUAGCGGAGGAGAUCCUGCAAGAAGACAACGACACAGCUCCUCUGGAGCCAACAGCAGCACCAACUGAAGAUGGAGUGGUACAAUCGGUCGAAGCAGGGUCGGAGGAGCCAGCAGCCGGGGAUGCAGCGGCGCCCACGCCCAAACGUCGAGCCGGACGACCGAAGGGCGCAAAGAACAAACGCUCGCCCACGCCGGAAGGCGAGCUCCCGGCGCACGAGCGCUACUUCUUCCAGAACCGGGCCGGACCCCCUCGGACGUCGAACAGCAACCUCAACAAGGUGAACCUCUUGACGCACGAGGAGUACUUCGAGAAGAUGGCGCAGUGGGUGGAUCCGUUCCGGGAGGAGAAGGAGUUGCUGCUGGACCUACACUGCCGGUCGUUCCCGCAAUGGGACUUCGAGUUCGAUCAGGGGUUUAAUAUCUGCCUGUACGGGUACGGAUCCAAGCGGCGUUUGCUGCAGGAGUUCGCCGACUGGCAGUACCGGCAACACGAGGCCGUCUCCGCCUCGCCGUCCGUAGUAAUCGUCAACGGCCACACGCCGGGCGUGUCGAUCCGCUCGAUAUUCGCGACGAUAGUCACCGCGGUGCUGGGCGCCGACAUCCCAUCGAAGAUGGGCUCGCAGCCGCAAGAGGUUCUGGAACUGCUGCAGUCCAGCCUCAACGCGCGCGGCCCCGAACACCCCCCGAUUACCGUGCUCAUCAACAGUAUCGACGCGCCCUCGCUCCGGCGCGCCGCCAACCAAGCCCUCCUCGCGCGCCUGGCCGCCACUCCGAAGAUCAACCUCCUCGCGACGGCCGACACGCCCAACGUGCUGCUGAUGUGGGACCUCAACCUGCGCGACCAAUUCAACUUCGUCUUCCACGACUGCACAACCUUCGCGCCGUUCGACCCGGAACUCGACGUCGUCGAGGAAGUCAGCGCCCUACUCGGCCGCAAGGGCCAGCGCGUUGGUGGCAAGGAAGGCGUUGAGUUCGUCCUGAAGAGUCUGCCCGAGAACGCCCGCAACCUAUACCAGCUGCUGCUGACGGAGCUCCUCUCCAUGACGGACGAGAACCACCUGUCGGACGAUGAGAUGGGCCCCGGGGAAGCCGGCAAUGGCGGCGGCGGCUCCCGCGGCGAGGAAGCCGGCAUCGAGUUCCGCGCCCUCUACCAGAAGGCCGCCGAGGAGUUCAUCGCCAGCUCCGAGAUGAUGUUCCGGACUUUACUCAAGGAGUUCCACGAUCACCAGAUGAUCACCUCGCGCAUCGAUGCCAGCGGCAUGGAGAUUCUGGGAGUGCCCUUGGCGCGCGAGGAGAUGGAAGGCGUCUUGGAGGAUUUGGUUCUGGCUUAA